AGUUCCAGCCUCAGUCUUGGCCACAAGGCAGCAUGCGUCCAGGCAGCAUCUUGGUCCUCACCGUGCUCCUCAUUUCCUCCACUCUGGUAGCUGGAGAUGGAGUCAAAGGGGAGAAAGAAGGAGUUUGCCCACCGGACAAUGUGCGCUGCAUCAGAGGAGAGCCACCCCAGUGUCACAGGGACAGGAACUGUGAGGGUCCGAAGAAGUGCUGUUACUGGCACUGUGGCUUCAAAUGCGUGCAGCCUGUGAAGGCGACAGAGGACAACGGAACCCUGGGGAGUGAGGUGUAAAACCUCCUAAGAAAGAACCUCAGAGAACUGCCUUGCCCUCCCACCACGUAAGGACACAGCAAGUAGUACAAAGACCAGAAACCAGUCCUUUCCAAACCUGGACUCUCCUGGCUCCCUGAACCUGGACU